AUGGACUACUCCAAUCUUUUCCAAUCAUCAUCAUCAUCAUCAAAUAAUAAUAAUAAUCAGCACCACAUGAUGAUGACUUGCAAUAAUUCCUCCUCCAUAGAAAGUCUCUUUGAUUCCAUGCUCGAUGAAGAUGAACUUGAUUUUAGCGCUGUAAUGCGAGAAGAGUUGGAGAGUCACGAAGCCUUGAAUCAUCCGCUCUCUCCACCAACUGUUAUUAUACCUUCCACAACACAAGCCUCCUCCUCAUCAGCAUCAUCAUCAGCAGUAGCACACAAUAUUGUUGUUGUUACGCCUCAUACAAAGAGUAAUGUCUUGUUGGCUGGAUGUGGUGAGGAUGCUGCAGUUGAUCGUACAAUGAUGAUGUAUCCUUCCACCUCCUUUUGUAAUACAACGAGUCAAAGCUAUGUAAAUAAUCAUCAAACACAACAACAACAACAUUCACCUAGUACACCAAGACUCUCCUUGGAUACUAAUUCAGUGUUUGAAUUAUGGCAACAAUUCAUUAAUAAUAAUAAUAAUCCAAAUAAUACUUCCACUACAACUCCUAUUAAUAAUAAUAAUAAUUUAAAUUUAAAUAAUAAUAUUAAUAUUAAUAAUAAUAAUAAUAAUUCAUGUAAUAAUAAUGUAAAUACAACCAGUAUUGAACAACAAGUUCAAGAAUUACUCAAUCAACUCGCCAUUUCCAAUAAUACCAACCCAAACAAUCAUAAUACUUUAAAUAUUUCCACCCCUACAAUCAUGACCAAUAAUAAUAACAACAAUACCAUGUUGAUCAACAACAACUCUCCAAGCAUUACCAAUAACAAUCAAUCCCAACAAGUAGCCUACUUGGGUUCCAUGCUCGCCAAUUGUACCAACAUUCAAAGUCUCUCCCCAAGUAUGAGACGUAGCAUUCACCAUCAUUCAAAGUCUCCUUCCUUAGGCUCCAUCAAUUCAUCCUCAUCCUCAUCCUCUCAAUCAAGAGGUAUUAGAAAGGGUGGUAGUCAUCAGAGAUCAACUUCAUGUUUCCAAGCCAUUCAAAGUUAUUCAAAUUCCAAGAUGCAAAGUUGUGGUGCUAAUAACAUGUUAAUGGUGAAUAAUAUGAAUGGUGGAUUGAAUUCACCAUCUGUUACUUCAACUUGUUCAUCCAAUAUGUCCAUGUCUCCAGCCAAUGUGUCCACCAAUUCAUUUGGCAAUUCAAUCAUGAUGAAUAACAGUAAUGGACAAGUUUACAUGUCCAAUAAUAAUAAUACUACUACUACUGUUGGACAACAAGUUGUUGUUAAUCAACACUCUGCAAACAACAGUAAUAACAGUUCAAAUAAGAAGGGAAAGAUUCCAGCCAAUAGACAAGAUAAGAACAAUCAUAAUCAAUUCACUUUUGUUAAUCAACAACAUUCGAAAGGUUUGUUAGUUGAAGCAAAUCCAAACGAUAAGCCAAUCAAGAUGCAACAAUGUAAACUUGUUGAUGGUGGAAUCAAGAUUCAGAUCGAAGAUGGAAUUAGUAAGAAUAAGAAGGAUACUGGUCUUCAAUUCCACACCUGUACCUUUAAAUAA